AAAGUGAUGGGGUAUGGGGUAGGAACAGAGACAGAAGCAGAGAAAGCACGCACCAUGGCAUGCUAGGAGACCAGUGCCUGCAGACGACGCACCUACACGUACAUACUAACACGCAGUGUGUCGCUUUUGCGGGCGCAGCCAUUCUUUCUCGUUAAUCUGGUUUUAAACAGUCCCCCGCGGUAAAAGGGGUGACCUACCUCUCUCUCUCUGCCCAACGAACGGCGGCUCGUUACACCUGUGAAAACAGGCCCGCCAAACCACCGGUGGUAAACAAGUGACGUCAUUCUAAUUGAAACCCACGCAAAGAGUGACACUAAAACAAUGCUAACGACGAGUUUGUCCGUGUACAGGUCAGCUGCUGAACCGGGGGCCGAUGGAGAAAGUUGGAUGGACGGGGGGGACUCUCAGGCCUCAGGUCGCGCUAAACAGUCGGCGCUUGCCAUUGGCUGGUUUUAGCGGCGUAGUGGAGGGCAGAGGGGGGGACUCCACGACGACAUGCGGCCCUAGUGGCAGUGUGGCAGCGAGUCUCGAGGUGUGCAGAUCGCGCCGCAACGCAAUCAUGGCUUUGUACUUUUCUGGCUCACCUGGCCCUGGAAAUGCUGCUUUUCGUCAAAUCGGAAGCCACGUAUGCUGAGGAGGUUUUACUGUUUUUGAAGAGCUUUAAAAAAAAAAAUAAAAACAACCCAAGUGAUUUGUGCGGAGUACACCUGAGGCGUCAUGGAUAAUAAUCAGAGAAGCUUGGAAUACAUCAUCGAAAGUGAAGACAUCAUUCUGCGAUUUGUUACAGCGCUGGGCAGCAGUGAUGUGCCUCUUAAAAAGCAGGUGUUUGAAAUCCUUGCCGCCCUGUCUGUCUACUCCAAAGAUGGCUACGUGCGGGCCAUGCAAGUUCUGGAACAAUUUAAGACGAACUGCAAAAAGAAAUGGCGAUUCAGCGUUAUUGUGGACGAAGUAUGCGGUGCUGAUGACGUGGUGUACAAGACCACCCUGCUGGAGUUCAUCAACUGCCUAAUCAUCUACGCCGAGACAACGGAGGAACGCAUCCGCAUCAGAAACGAACUUUUCGGUCUUCGUCUGCAACAUGUUCUGAACAUUCUGAAGAAGGAAGGAAAUCCCGGUGUAUUGCUGCAACUGCAGGUCUUCGAAGAACAGCGAGCCAACGACGAAGUGGCACUCGGAGGCACGCUAGGUGUCGACCUAAACAGCCCUUUGGACGUUUUCCAUGCUAUCUUCAAACAGGUAUGCGACACUCCGCAGGAGGUACUGUUUCUGACGGUGUUGCAACACAUGCUGAAGAUCGACAACAAUAAUGAACGGCUAGCGGAGGCCGUCUGGAGCGCCAUCGAACAGCUGGUUAACAAGGCUACGGUGCUGGAGACCCCGGACGAUGCUGUCAAACUUGUGACGGCCAUUUCCAGGCGCAUGGAGGCCAAGGGUUCCCAGGAGCCUUCGUUAAGCCAUCGACUGCAUCGCGGUGGUCGGGGAUCGAAUCCAUGUUCUCCGACUUCAGAGCAGCCACCCUCUGCGAUAGGAGGUGGUCCUCCUCCACCCCCACCACCUCCACCACCGCCGCCUCCACCGAUUGCAGGAGGCUUACCACCACCGCCGCCGCCCCCACCACCAUUGGGGGGCGUGGGAUCUCCCCCACCACCUCCUCCGCCUGGUGCGCCCAGACCGCCAACAUCAAUGCCGUUGCCCACCUUGCCGCAGCAGAACACCCCUAAACCUCCUAGCAAGAUGAAACCAUUACAAUGGCAAAAGAUUCCGGCAAACAAAAUCGCUAACAAAAAUAAUCUAUGGACGAUGAUAGGUCGCCUCUUUGGCGGAUACAAAAUGGACUUUCACAAAAUGGAUCAACUAUUUGCCGUUGCUACCGAGUCUUCUACGACCAAGCGACCAGGUGCGUCCACAGAAGGAGCCACUGACACCAAGCGCAAGAAGGAGAACAAUGAGAUCAAUCUACUAGAUGGCAAAAGGAGCCUAAAUGUCAACAUCUUCCUCAAACAGUUCAAAAUGUCACACGAAGACAUUGUGCGUCUCCUGCAGGAGGGCGCUAGUGAUAAGUUUGGAGCCGAGCGACUGCGAGGUCUGUUAAAACAACUUCCGUCACAGGACGAGAUUGACCAGCUAAAGGGAUUUGACGGCGACAAAGAGAAGCUUGGCAACGCUGAAAAAUUUUUCCUGUGUCUCAUGGGUCUCCCCAAUUUUCGCAUGCGAAUAGAAGGUCUUCUAAUGAGGGAAGAAUUUAACAGCAACAUGGAAUGGAUCCGACCUUCCAUUGAAGCCAUUAUACAGUGUGCCAAAGAAAUAAAAGAGAACAAGUCGCUGCGAGAAAUUCUGUACAUGAUUCUUAUCACUGGAAACUACCUCAACUCGGGCAGUUACGCAGGUAAUGCAGCAGGAUUCAAGCUGUCAUCGCUACUCAAGCUGACAGAACUUCGCGCCAACAAGCCACGCAUGAACCUUCUCCACUAUGUCGUGCUGGAAGCUGAGGAAAAAAAUCAGCGUCUUCUUCGAUUCCCAGAAGAAAUGACGUUCUUGAAAGAUGCAGCUCAGGUGUCGCUGGAGGGUCUGACAACAGACAUCAAAAACCUGGCAAAUAAAGUUCGCGCUAUCAACGAUCAGAUAGGCAGAGCUGGCGAGGAUUUUCAGAAGCAGAUGAACGAUUUCCUUAAGGAAGCGUUAAUAGAAGUUGAUGAGCUAGAAGAAGACCUUAAGGACAUUGAAGAUCUGAGGGCCGAGCUGUCCACUUUCUUCGGGGAGGAGGAAGCCACCUUCAAGCUUGAGGAGUGUUUUAAGACCUUGCAGACGUUUUGCGACCGUUUCAAGAAAGCCAUCGAGGAAAACAGACAAAGGCACAUUCAGGAAGAGAAAGCGGAAUUAAGACGACAGAAAGAAGCAGAAAAGCGACGUAGCUCCAAAGACCCUCUAGAGCCGGGUGAAGUUAACAUGGAACGGGGUGAGGGACAAGAGGCGGAUUCCAUCGUCGAUCUUUUGCUUGCGGAUGUUCGAAACGGUUUUUGUAACCACAAGUUCAAGGACGGCAACUUCAACGUGACCAAAGUGCAAAAGAUAAACCUUGAUCUGCGCAACCUGGCCGCCCUCACUAGUGGGGAUGCUUUGUCCCAGAACAACUCAUCCCCAAGGAGUGGAACUGUGCAGGAAGACCCCAAUACGACCAACUUCGUUCGUGGUGGUCAGGGCAGAGCCAGCAUGAGGAAGAAGCAGCUAGAAAACGGCAGAGAGGCGUCCGACACGCCGGUAAGCGCAGCAAGCGACCCGCUGACCCAGAAACGGUCGAGAAAAAGCUACGCGACCGAGGAAGAUGCAUCUCUGAUAGACUUCUUAAUGGAGACGGACAUGAAGCAAGCGACACCUGACCCUCAAAACACUUUCGACCGCUUCGCCAGCCUGCACCGCAGAAGACAAGAGCGUCGAGAGAGGAAGAAGCUGCUGGAAACAGACCAGAACACCAGGGAGCGGGCUCCGUCCCCAGCCUUACCCAAGGAAGGCAGGUCAUCAGCGCCCGUCACACCCACCAACGAACUGGCAGAAGAAACGACUAUCGAACCCAAGCCGAACACCAUUCGACGAACACGCAGUUGGCUGGACCGACCGUCUCUUGACAAGGCUUUGGCCCACACAGAUAGUGAUAACGACACGAACGCACUUGUAUCGAGGAUCAAGUCGAGGUUGUAUGGCAAGAACGAUGAGCGUGCGUCAACCCCGCCCGUGCCAGAGGAGUCGCCAGCUCCCCAAGCACAGCCUCCCUCGGUCCCCGUCGCUGUGGACACACCUCGUUCUAGUGGGUCCAGUAGUCGCUGGAGGGCAGGCUUGAUCAAUGGCAACGAGCACAGCAGCCCCCUAGAGACUAUCCUUGAGAGGGCAAACAGCUCGUCUCCAGAAGAUGCUUUUUCAAACAAGGAGCAGAACUUGCAGGGUGUGAAGAUGGUGCCUAAUGUUCAGAACAGCACGGUAGACAAACACAACAUGGACAGCAUCUUAAAGAGCCGGGAGGUCUUGGCUCAACGGAUGCGCAAUAGCCUGGACCAGACAGACAUCGGGAAAAUACUUACUUCUCUGAAGGAGGAUCCCAAUGGCCUCCUGCGCAGUAAAGACGAUUCUGACGUGGUGGACAGCGCCAAAGUAUCCGUGUCAGUUCGCGAAAAGAUCAGCAGAAACAUGGGGGCCAAUAUCGAUCACGUGCUGAAGUCCAUCGAGAGUUCAAAUCGUCCCAUUGACAACUUCGGAGUGUCCAGCCCCAUGAAACGGGUGACCCCGGAGGCACCUGAGAUCGUUGCUGCCGUGGUUAGCACAGAGCUGAGGCCGGAGCUUGGUUCUGGCAGCGAGUCGGUGGAGCUGAAACAGAAACGCGACAAGCGUAAGAAGCGGUCUACGCUUGUGGUAGGGGAUGUUCAGGCCGCCCUGCGAGGCUUGCAGUCCUCGGAGACUGAAACCACCAUGGUGGUGGCGAACGUAACGUCGAACGACAAGAGUGUGACAGCUUCCCCGCGUUCUCCUAAGACACCACCUGCCCGCCGUCGCACCUCUUCGACCGGAGAAAAGUCGAAAGAAGCAGAGAGGAUCGACAAAAUGUCCAAAGAUGUGAAGGCGGCAGCAAAGCAAGCAGCAAAGAAGAACUUCAGAGGAGCCAGGUUUGGCUAUAAGGAUAUGAAAAGCGUUGCCGAGAUUUACGGGCGCUGCCGCAGCGACGUGGAGAAGCAGGCCGUGGAUCAGGCCCUGCUGGACUUCAAGGGCAGCAUGAGCCGCUCUAAGUCCUACGAUGAGUCCGUGGCCCGCCGUGCCAACUCUGAGAGUGAGAAAGCCAUUCGCAACAGUGGCAGCACUCCUGACACAACGGAUGAAAAGCGGGCGCUGCUGAGGGGCAGUAGCACUAACAGGCUGUCUAUUGACGGCCGCCGUAACGGGCUGUACAUCCCCAGCGACGAGAGCGACACGGAACUGAGACCCGAAGACAAGAACGGCAGGCGGAGACCGUCAAGUGCCAAGAGCGAUAGCCUCAAGAGUGUCAGUCGCCUCUCGCUCAAGUCCACCAACACCUCCACUGAGACUCUGCAGGCGGAGCGAGAUAGCGACGGUGGCGAAUCCUCGCCAGAGCAGCGACGAAAAAGCUCGGCACGCGAUGGGGCUCCUAUCACGGACAGGCCUGGGUCCCAACGCUCCUCCAGUGCUACUACUGUGAACGACAGGAUGAUCAAGCGGUCAUUCAGUCACCUCGACAGGUCUUCCGUGGAAGCAGCCGUCACACAGCUGCAAUCAAAAGUGCAACAGCUGGGAAACGAAGAGGAAAACCCCCUGGCUUCUGUAGCGAAAUGGCGCCUGAAACGAGAGCAGAAGCGGUUGAGUGUUUACGACAACGUGAGCGACAACGUGAACGAACUUAAGAACGAUAUUGGGUCACGCAGUAGUUACGCAAGCAGCUACGCAAGUUCCACAGACCGCGAUGAGGGCUUUGAAAGCAUGUCGGCAGGCACCAUGUCACAGCGAACAUCACUAAGCAGUACGCUGGAGUCGGAGAUCGCGCUGACCAACAUGGGUAGACGAGAAGACCCUGUCUUUUCAAAGCAAGACGCUGUUCAAACUGACAGGGUGAUUGCCAGGGAACCCGUGUCUCUUGCCAUCAACGGUAACAUCAUUAUGCAGUCCGUGUUGGCUGAAGACGCCCGUAAGCAACGUACAGAGAGCUGGACGGAGGAAACGCUGCGAGUGUCGGGAAAGAACCAAGGCAGCAGCCAGACGUCUCCCAGCAGUCCCAUCUUAUCGCCAGACAGUGGCGUUAGCACCUCCAAGGAAGACUUGUGGAGCGACGACACGUCCUCGCCGACAGACACUAAGCAUCUAACGCCGCCUGCCGAUAAACAGCAGCUAUCGCGCCCGACGACACCAAAUGCAGAAUCUAGCAAAAAGUCCGUCCCAAGCUACAUGCGCUCAACCAACAGCUCAACACGCUCACGGACCGCUUCGGCGGAGAACGAGGCUGUCGGUUUCAAGCGCGACGCUGCUGCACGCAAAUCUUUCCGCGUCAAGGAAAGUCCUUUAAAGCGUGACACUGAUGUGCGAGCUUCUAUGCGCGCCGAGCAAGCCUUAAAAGGGGGCCCACAAAACCUCGCUUCGGCUCGCGGCGUACGGUCGUCGGGACGGCUGUCGGCAGGCUCCGGAAGGCCGUCCACACUCAGUCCCAAAGUAAGCAGCCGCCAGAGAGCCGACUCCAACGUCAGCGCCACGUCGAGUAUCAGCACUACAUCUGACGUUAGUUCAGUCUCUGCUAGCAAGGCAGCAGUUUCGCGCCAACGGCCUGUAGGAGCGAAGGACUCAACAAUCAAUCACUCUCCCCUGACAGCCCGCGCUACGCCAAGUGCUACAUCGCCUUCGAAAGGACUAACACGCACCCAGUCGCUGCGCGUUGCCUCCAGCACCAGCCCUAGAGCCAGAACCGACUCGUUCAAACGCACCUCGACGGCCCUAUUGCCCGAGGCGAGAAACACGACUGAAGUCGUUCGCAGCUCUACUCCGCUUUGCCAGGAAGGUAAGCGGCCUGGUACCCCAUCUUCUGACGCAGGCAGCGCCGUUUCUCGAAGACGCUCUCACUACUUGGAGCCGACCUCUGCUUCCAUGGCACACAAAGCAGAAGGCGCGGCCACGUCAGAAGUGUCGCCUCAACCACCUCUCAGAACCAAAUCUCGCCUCACAGAUCUCACUGAGUCCUCCAAAGCAGCUACAGGAAAUGGUUCCUCUCCAACCCCGCCCCCUAGAACGAAAUCUCUCGCUGCCAAAAAUAAGUCUCCAACUUUUACACGACAUGAGAGUCUGAGACUGCCAAAGACCUCACCCAGGUUAUCUUCAAGCGAACUGCCCAAAGGUGAUAGCCCUCAGAAAACAGGCAAGCCAGGCAUUUUAGGUUCCCUUAUCACUAGCAAGAAAAUAACUCCAGCAGAGGACCACAACCAGCUGGGGACUGUGACAGAACAGACGGCUGCAGAAGAAGAUGAGAAGACAAAAACGGUUACCGAAAAGUCGCCCUCCGUUCUUAAGCGCAUCGGUAUUGUGAAAGGCAAAGACAAAACUUCUCCGAGCAAGAAAGGGCAGGGAAGUACAGCCUCGACACAAAAGGGACAAGACAAAAAGAAGUGAGCGUCUUUCCUUUUCUUGAUAUGAAUAUAUCUGUUUAGUUCACCUCACCGUGGACUCGGCCUCAGGGAAAGAGCCGCUUCGUGCAAGUGGCUGUACUUGGGGUGAAGUAACCAUUGCAUGAGGCAAACGUGACGCCCACAUACCUCCAUUCAGGUGUGUGCUUAUCACCUGUGAUUUUGAACUGUAGUACCACAGUAGUGGUGCACAGUUCAAAAAGUUGAAAACAAAUGCGGUUUUUGAUGCUAUUAUAAAGAUGUGCUUAGAUCACAAGUGAAGCAUCUGGUUGGUUUUAAUAUACUGCAUAUUAAAGGACUGGAAAAAUCUGUAGGACAUUUGUACCGGUGCUUUUAGUAUGUCUCGCACAUAUGGCAGAUUCUAGCAAACUGUAACUAGAGAGGCAAGGCGUCUCAAAGCUAUCCGCGGAAACUGUGCAUAGUGUCGACGCAGAUCUUGCUGUCUUCAACGAACGACACUGCUACGAUGAGAGCAAUGAAAAAUAAGACUUAAAGAAUGGAAAGAAAGUGAAACUAGUUUGUGUGUAUGUGUGUGGCUUCCUAAUGCAAACUUACGUGGGUCACGAAACGUCUCUGAACAAUAAAUGUUAGUCUUCGUCCGUGCGAAGGCAGCGUAUGUAGACCUCUCAGAGAGUGAGAAGAGAUCCAUGUUAACUGUGAUACAGGGGUGCAACGCCUUGAUCGCAUGGAGUGCAAUGUUAGAAUGUUGACGAUGACCAACGACGACGCUCUUCAGUGGGCGAGAAGAAGUUCUACCGCAACGGAAAUGUAGAUGUCACACCCUUAGGUACUGGUCCUUUGUUAUCCCUACUGUACUACUUGGCAUCAAGGCACGAUAAUCGUAUAUAAUCUUACAUAUUUAUUAAAACGGCCUUACAUUCAUUCAGCUUAGGCAUUUGCCUUCAGAGUAAUCGUUUUCGCUGCGUUUCGAGAUCCGAGAUACAGAGGCGGUCAGAGAGAAGAAAUAUCUACCUGGGCUUGACUCUUCAAAUGAACUGAGUACACGUAUUCCAAAUAGUGCUCUCGUUCCAUAACUUCACAAGGUUGUUUUUUUUUCAUCAUUCACUGGCAGUCUACAAACAGCAGCGAAAACAGAAAUCCUUGAUGCAAAAUUUUCGAUUUUUCGAUUUUCGAUACAAAACUUGGGAUGUCCAUUCGCUAGUACCUUAGACGGGAUGAUGGCAAGUGUACAAACUGAUUGCUGUCCUUGGUUGCUUAAUGGGAUGACUUUGGACUAAAGCUAUAGAAGCAAGUCCAAACAUGACUGGAGAUAGUCUACGACAAGUCUAGCGCAUCGUGGUAGACAGAAUAGAGAUCAUUACGAAAUUCUGGGAUUGAUUUUUUUAAAAAGUAGCAUUGUUGUGCAUCCAGCAUUUUCGUUGUUAUGAUUAAGCAGCGAUUUGUAACGAUAGAAAUUUCAUGCAUUUCUUAACUAUUUCGCAUGUCGCAUCUCUUAACUAUGCAUUUUUACGCUUUGAAAAAACAGGGAGGGCCAACUAUUAUUAUUUAAUAUAAUUAUAUGAGCAUAAGACAUCUGUCUUCAUUAUUGUCAUAUUUAUAAUAUUAAUGGUGCCUAAUCUAUUUAAAUAGAUUGUUGUACUAAAUGUAAACGUUAUAGUUGCUGCUUAAGAGGCAUAUUGUUAAUAAUUUUAUUCUACAGAGAAACAUAUCACGGUGAAUGUUCGAAACCAAAUAAUCUCGCUCUUAAUGAUAUCAUCUGUUCUCGUUACACAUAUAUCAGAUCAUUUUUACGUGAUGCAGUACAUGUAUGCUAUCUGUAUUGCAUUUAGAUGAAUAAUUUGACGUAAACGUUCACAGAUGCCUCAAAUGCUGAAACAAUGCAAACACUUAUAUCGCCUUAACUGCCCUAAAUGUCAACAAUGUCGUACUAUGCCUAUCGUUUACUUGCAACCUUAUGGCCUUUAGACUUCACUACCAUAACGAUAUUUUGUAAAUUCUAUGUAAAAGCAUGUAAGUAUCAUUGUAUAUUAUAUUUUGUUACAAUAAACAGUAAAGCUGAC